AUGUGGAAUAUAACAAUAAUAUCAACAGCAGCUAUAACUCUCAAUUUUAUUUCACUCAUUGGAGCUAUAUUUAUGGGUCUCAUAUGCACAGUCAUUAUUAGUGCACUCUUACCAUCAAUUAUACGUCAUCAUGAUGUAGUUUUAAUUUUAGUUGCUAAUAAUUAUUUAUCAUUAUUGGCUUUUGCAAUUGUAGCUAUAUCAAGUAAUGUUGAUAUGGUUCGAGGUGAUUAUAAUUUGUACAUUGGUAUGGAAACAUUUAGUUGUCGUAUUAAAGGAUAUACAGUUUAUGCGUUCAUGGCUGUCAUUUUCAAUACUUUUGCAUUACAGGCUAUCUUUCGUUUCUUUCGUGUGGUCUGUCCUUCUUAUGUAUGGCUACAACAUGCUCGUACUUAUACUGUGAUUAUUCCUAUGUUGUGGCUCAUUUCAUUUCUUUUUAUGCUACCGAUUCAUUUUUGGCAUGAUAUACAAUUUAUACGUAUGGAAAAUAUCUGCUUGGUAGCUAUUCAUAGUAUUCGUGGAUUUCUUUGGUCUAAUAUGAUUAUUUAUGGUAUACCAAUUAUUGUCAUCAAUAUUAUUUAUAUACAGCUGGUGCGAUUUAUACAUCGACCAUCUAUGGUUGCUUCAGUACGAGCUAAACGUGAUGUGAUCGUAGCACGACGGAUUGCACUUGUCGUAUGCAUAUUAACAUUGAUGGUUAUUCCUUCUGUCGUAUUGAAGUUAAUGCUACCUUUUACUGAUGUAGGAAAACCAUUGUUUUAUCGUAUUCAGAAUUUAGUUUUAGUCACUGGUAUGAUCGUUCUUAGUCUUAUGCUCGUCUAUGUCACUCCUCAAGUCAAAGAAAUACUCAUGCGUAUAGGAAAGCUAAAUACAAUAACACCUAUACAUACAUAA